AUGUCUCUCGGUAUCCAAAGCCUCUUGUGGCUAGCUACCACAUCCGGCUGCAUAUUUCUUGCUUCUGCUGCUAUUAUCUACUUCACUACGGCCUUAUAUAGAUUGACACUUCACCCGCUGGCACACUUUCCUGGGCCCAAACUUGCAGCAUGUAGUCAGCUCUGGAUUGUUCAUUACUACGCGAGCGGCAGACUUCCAUACAAACUGCAGGCAUUACACAAGGAAUAUGGCGACAUAGUUAGAACAGGGCCGAAUGAGCUAAUAUUUAUGAAUGCAGAGGCCUUUCGUGUCAUCUAUGGCCGCCCGAGCAGUGGUCGUCCCCCAUUUCCCAAGGUCGCAUUGUACCACGAUAGGCGCUCUACGCAUUCCAACAUAGUUACGGUCAGAGAUCUAGAGGAACAUAGCAAGCUACGGAAACAGUACUCACCUGCAUUCCAGCUUAACGCCCUUGCUGACAACGAAAUAGUCGUUCUCAAGAACGUCGAUUCUUUUGCAAAAAGCUAA